AAUUUGUAUAAGGGGACAAAAAAACAAAUGCGGUAUAAAUAGAGGACCAAAACGGAGAAGCUAUCACAUCAAAUCAAAUACAAACAAGUGUACUUGCAAACUUUGUGGAGAAAUCAAGAAAAUGAAGACAAUUUCUUCAUUGGUCGUUAUCUUCCUCCUCAUACUGAUCUUUCAAACUAACAAACUAGUGAGUGGGCAUGACCGUUCCAAUGAUCAAGACACGGUCAAGAACAACAACAAUGAUGAAAACAGCACAACUACGGGAGUAGUUGUCAGGGACAAGAAAAGAAGUUAUAAUGGAGGAAGCGGAAGUUAUAGAUGGGGAUGGGGUGGAGGCGGCGGAGGAGGAGGCGGGGGUGGAGGAGGAGGAGGUGGCGGUGGCGGUGGAGGAGGAGGAUGGGGAUGGGGAGGAGGAGGAGGUGGUGGAGGAUGGUACAAAUGGGGUUGUGGCGGCGGAGGAAAAGGAAAAGGGAGAGAAGGAAGAGGAGAGUUUGUGAAAAGAGAAUAUGCAGAGUGCAAAGGAAGAGGAAAAUGUUCAGGAAAGAGAUUGGAAUGUCCUCAACACUGUGGAGUAAUUUGGUAUCUCAAACCAAAGUUCACACUAGUAUCCGGAGCUAUGCAACAGUCAGUAUUGACCAAAAAGAAAAUGUGUCAACCCGAUAUCAGCAUGAUCUAUUCUAGAGCAUGACAAUGACCAAUAUUAUACUACUACUAUCUCUUGAUCAUUAUUUUACUGUAUGUCUCCUUGUUGCUUAAAACAUUAUCUCGAUCUUAUCCUGAUCACUGGAUCACAUAGGUUAGUGAGUGUACAUAUGAAAGUGGAAAAUACUUUCGAGAAAUUAUCCAAGUAUAUGACCAUAGAAAAUAGUUCGAAAAGGUGAAGAAAUAAAAAUCUUUCUGGGGAGCAUUCAUGACUCAAA